CCUACCUAAUAUGGAAUUCGCAAGGAAACCCAUGAUUUCCUGACACAGGCAUAGCAAACCCCGCGAGGAGGACCAGGGAGCGCGAAUCUGAAGAAUUUAGAGGAGAGAGGCAGGCCCACAAAAGCCGGUCAAAAUGUUCGUGUGCUCGGAGUUGGGAUCUAUAUCGUGACCGGAUGGUGUCUGCGCGGCUGACCAACUGAUUUCGUGAAUCCUCAGUCGGUCGCUCCUGCGAGCUACAGAGGUGUGGGCCAACAACUCGGGUCCUCUUAUUCUACACAGUAAGGGUGUGGCAAUAAAUAUAACGACCUGUUAUCACGACACUUGUGAUAACAACACGGGACCUUCAGAAGCGAACUAGCAAAGUUGUAUAUGAUCCGUUUGCGCAAGGGAUUCUGCGCAGCGUGUCCACCGAAUAUACAACUUGCAGUGAAAGCAGACGUGUGUGGAUUUUUCAUUUGCCAUGCCUACCCGCCGGAUUAGGCAGAAUGCCACAGCCCUGACUGAAGAUGGGGGUAAAAAUGACAGUAUUGGACACACCGUAAAAAAGAUGUUAAAGUGCGUGGUGGUGGGCGACGGUGCUGUGGGCAAAACCUGUUUGCUGAUGAGCUACGCGAACGAUGCUUUCCCAGAGGAAUAUGUGCCGACCGUGUUCGAUCAUUAUGCAGUGAAUGUGACUGUGUCGGGCAGGCAGCAUCUGCUGGCACUGUAUGAUACUGCAGGACAGGAGGACUACAACCAGCUGAGGCCACUGUCCUACCCGAACACGGACGUCUUCCUCAUCUGUUUCUCCGUGGUCAACCCGGCCUCCUACCAUAACGUCCAGGAGGAGUGGGUCCCAGAGCUCAAGUCCUGCAUGCCCCACAUCCCCUACAUCCUCAUCGGGACACAGAUUGACCUUCGAGAUGACCCUAAAACCCUGUCCCGGUUACUUCAGAUGAAGGAAAAGCCGCUGACUUAUGAGCAGGGCCUUAAACUGGCCAGAGAGAUCGGGGCCCAGUGUUACCUGGAGUGUUCGGCGCUGACUCAGAAGGGCCUGAAGACGGUGUUCGACGAGGCCAUCCUGACCAUCUUCAGCCCAAAGAAGAAGAAGACCGGCUGCACGCCCUGCAGGAGUUGCUGCACCAUAGUAUGAAGAGUCUUCAGGGAGCUCACCUCUCCUCUCUCCUUCAACCACCACCACCACCACCUCCACCACCACCACCACCAUCCAUCCAUCCAUCCACACAGGAGCUUCUGCACCACUAUAUGAGGCAUCCUCAGGGAGCUUCUCUUUCACCAUUGUAUGAGGAGUCCUCAUCUAUCUAUCUAUCUAUCUAUCUAUAUCUAUCUAUCUAUCUAUCUAUCUAUAUCUAUCUAUCUAUCUAUCUAUGUCUCCUCAUCUACUUAUGGCUCUAUUUCUCUUUUUAUCUAUCUAUCUAUCUAUCUACUCAUGGUUCUCUCUCUUUUUAUCUAUCUAUCUAUCUAUCUAUCUAUCUAUCUAUCUAUCAUCAAAGUUUGCUGUCUCCCUCUUUGUCAUCCCAUGAGCGGCAGCUUCCCUCUCAGGAUAGGCAAACCCCUCUUAGCAUCCAGGCAAUUUGAAGAGCCGACACUCACCUCUGUACACUCCAGAGGGAGUGACGACGACCCCACCCCCGACUGCACACACACACACACACACACACUCGUCUGUGCUCUGCUCUCCUUCAACCUCAGAGCAAAACGGCUCCGUCAGCAGCACCAGUGUCCAGUGACCACCGGAUACCGGGGACGUCAGUGCCUUCUCCUCCCAUCAGCACUCUCUCACAGGCACAGUAAGCACACAGUAAUGCCCUCACAAUACCCUGCAUGGAGAGAGACAGUCUUCAUUGGCGGGACUGUAGCCCCUUCUCAACCCCUCCAGUCCUCUGUGCCCUCCAUUUGUCGAAGGGCCGACCUUUGCACUCCUGGAAAUCAAACGGUCGUCUCUCUCUCUCCUCCAGACUUGGGGAGUUGUUUGAUCGCUUGAGCCUCCGUGUGUGUGCGGCACAGACUUUUUUCUCGAGGCCUGUGUGAGAAAAUGGAGAAAAUCCAUUCCACUGCUGCUACUGCUGCUACUGCACACCGCUCCCUCCCUUGCCCCAUCCUCUACCAUAAAUGGGUGUUUUUUUUUCUUCUUCCUCUCCUUCUUCUUCUCCCUCUUCUUCUUCUUCUUCUUCUUCUCCGUGGCGAGGGAUCGAUAGAGUGCUCUUUGCAGAGUCAAUGCCUUGGCAGUCCGAGCCGGUUAAUAAGGCGGGAUCCUCCAGGGGAGCGGGGCAGGCCGGGGCGUCAAUAAGGCCGUUACGGAGCGGAGUCGUGCGGAGAGCUGGAGGAGCCAAAGAGAGCGAGAGAAAGAAAUGAGGGAGUGAGAGAGAGAGAGAGAGAGAGAGAGAGGGAUGAAAAGAGACAUCUGAGAGCAUCUGAGACGGUACUCUCAUCAAAUGGUUCAGUGUUUAAGUGGGUCGUUUCAGAUGAACUGUUCUUAGUCGCACGCAUGCAGGCACACACACACACGCGCACACACGCACACACGCACGCACGCACACACACACACACACACACACACACGCGCACACACGCACACACACACACACACACACACACACACACACAUGCGCACACAUGCACACACGCACACACACACAACUCGAGCUAAGCAUCUUGUGCUUCCACUGUACAGUUCUUUAUAUCUGAUUUGAGUGCCGAGAUGAUUUCAGUAUCAGCGAAGGAAGAUUGUCAUUUGUAACGUAAUGGAAGAGAAAGGAUUAAGGGAAAAAAAUGGAUGUCAUCUUUCGUCAAGAAACUGUAACGCUCCCAGCACAUACUGUACCUGAGGACUGCUACCAAAUGACUAAUGUGAACAUUCUCAAGUGUUAAAGAGACAUGAGUGUGUUUGAUUCAUCAACGGAGACAUACACCCUCUCCCCCACACACACACGAUAAGAUAAGCAAGACACACCCAAAGAGGCUUGCUCAUCCCACGAGCUCUGAGGGCUUUUAGUGUUUCCUGAGGUUACAGAACUCCACAGAAAGUGUCAAAUUACACGUUUUCCAAAGGAUAUGAGCACACGUCCACCGGGCAGAAUCUGAACUUCCCCGUGACCUUGUGUCUGUUCACUGGAGGAGCUUUCUGGGAGCUUCCUCCGAGUCACGCUGACAGAGAGGAGUGUAAAUGAAUGUCGUCCAGUGCUUAUUUCACCUAUUCUUAGACACACGGCCCCCACAAACAGAGCAUCUCACACAUACCCACACUUACACACACACACUUUCACACACACACACACACACACACACACACACACACACAC